AUGUCUAUCUCACACACUGCUCGAUCCUCUUCCGGACCGAUCAUAUUGAGGUUCGAAGCUACCAUAAUCACCGACGCCACAAGUGGUGAACGUACUGCGCGAUUCUACUGUAACACGUCAGAUGCUGCUCAACAUGACGUCGACCAAGCUACGCGAGAGAUGAAGGGUUAUUUCGAUUCGGUCAUUCUCGGUGAUCGUGAUAAUCACGAGUUAUACGACAUUCAGAUGCGUCAAGGAAAAGGGAGCGUUCAAAUGGCACAAACCACCAUUGCUAGCUUACUUUGUAUGGCUGCCGAGACGCAUAAUCAAGAGGCAGGAGACAGUUGUCAAUAUGUCCUUUCAACCUGA